AUGCGGGUCAGCUGUAAUGGAUGCCGAGUCCUCCGCAAAGGCUGCAGCGACGACUGCCCCAUCAGACCCUGCCUCCAGUGGAUCAAAUCCCCUGAAUCCCAAUCUAACGCCACCGUCUUCCUCGCCAAGUUCUACGGCCGCGCCGGCCUCCAGAACCUCAUCAAUGCCGGCCCCGACCACCUCCGCCCUUCGAUUUUCAGAUCGUUGCUAUACGAGGCGUGUGGCCGCAUCGUGAACCCGAUCUACGGCUCGGCUGGCUUGCUGUGGUCGGGCAACUGGCACCUCUGUCACGCCGCCGUCGAAGCCGUCCUAGCCGGCGCGCCGAUCGUGCAGGUCUCUUUGGAAACCGACGAGAGCACAAUGAGCCCGCCAAUCAAGGCGUGCGACAUCCGCCACGUGUCCAAGGACGAGAGCUCGGCUGCUUCUCGAGAUGUGCACCACAAGGUGAGAACUCGUGGGAAGUUCAAGCGCGCCGGCAAGAAGCCGAAGGGUGGGGCGGAGCCGGCUGUUGACGAAGCCGAGGCGGCCCGGGUUAUGUGGAGCUGGUCGAAUAAGAAAGAGUUUGACCGGUCGGCGAGUCAUGACUCGGUGGUCAGUCAUCAGCGGAGCGAGGGUGAUAGUGGGUCCGUGGAGACGGUGGAGGAGUCGUUGGUGAAGGCGGAUGAGGGAGCCGGUGGUAGGGGGGUUGAGCUGGAGCUGAGUCUCGGCUUGGAGCCGAUCCUGAGGGCUGAGAAAGCUUUGAAGGGUGGGGAGGUGAUUGACGGUUCAUCGGACGCCACGUGUGAGGUUCAGCUGGGCUUGAAUUUUCUUGUAGGAGUUUAGGCUUUACCAAAUCUGUGUACUUCAGAGUUCAGACCAAACAAAAAGAGGAAAGAAUCGGUGUAACUUUAGACCGUUAGAUUAACCAGUUUUGGUCGGCCCAGAUCAAACAAUCUGUCAUAAGUUUUGGGAAAUAUUUUAUUUCAUUUUUGCUUUUACCUGA